GACGGCCUCACUGCGCUGUAUUUACGUUCUCUACUUGUUACCGAGUCACAUCGUCGCAGUCAACACAUUUGGGCAGACUCUCGCUCGACACACAUAUAAACCUGCACGCGUAAGUCAGAAAUUUUUGGCUCAGCAGCGGAAAAUGCCAUGCGACUUACGCUCGAAGAUAACCAGUGCCUCCACACACGUUCUUACAAGAAUUAGAGUUGCGCAUUGAAAUUGCUGGGACAUCUGGCGCUAUUGAUUGUGUUCAGCGCGUAAUAUUUACCACCGAAAAGUGUUGCUGCUUAGAACACAUUUUGAUCUAGUCGCUCCUCGCAAACAGAAACCAAAUCAACCGAUACACCGUCAAGUGAUUAUUGUGAAAACCACUGCUUAAAUAUUAUCUUGUUUGUACGAUUGGUUUAAUUUUGUAACUCAGAGUUUCACUCGAUCAGGUAAUAAGUUUCUAAAAGUUAUCAGGUACUCGAGUCAAAAUGUCAUCAAAACAAAUAAAGGCAUGCACCGAAUUUACUUCAGAUAAAUGCACUUUUACGUGGACGAUCAAGAACUAUCGCUUACUAAAAAUGAAUAAUAAAGAAAAAAUACGAUCUCCAAUAUUUGGUGUUGGAAAUGAUAAUAAGAAAUACUUCUUUCUCGAUUUAUACCCUGAAGGCGAGUGUGAAGAUGAUGAAGGAUUCGUUUCGUUCUUUAUUACACCUGUAAUUGAUAAAACGAAGAAACCGGAUAAGCUCGUAUGUAAAUUGACAGUAUCAGUUGUUAAUGAUGAAGAAGUUAUUCAAAAAUUGUCAAGGCAUUACGAUUUUGCGACCAAAAAUUUCAUUGCCUGUGGUAGGGCCCAAUUUCAUGAACUGAAAAAUAUUGACAAAUUAGUUUCUGCCGAGAACACUGUAACUAUUCAAUGCGAGUUAGAAGUUCUCGAUCAAAUUCAAUCUUCAUUGAAUUCGGGUAUCAUAUGCAUUAAAGAUGAAACAAUCUAUACAACAAAAUUCGAUUUUUCAUUUCUUAGUGAAAAACUCAGUGAUGUUAAAUUGAAAGUUGAAGAACAGGAAAUUCCAGCACACAAAAUUGUACUUGCAGCGGUCAGCCCAGUAUUUAGGACCAAGUUUACACAUGAUAUGUUGGAAAACGAAGAAAAUUUCGUGAAGAUAACAGACACAACUGCAAAUGUUGUAAUUGAAAUGUUGCGAUUUAUCUACACCGGACAGAUUAAUGCAAUCGAAACAAAAACGAUUAUUGAAUUAUUAGCUGCGGCUGAUGAAUAUCAAAUUGAUAGUUUGAAAAUCAAGUGUAGUAAUAUUUUAAGUGCUGAUAUGUCCUCUGAAAAUGCAGUUGACAUUCUAGUAGCUGCUCAUAAAUACAAAGUAAAGCAUUUGGAAGAUGAAGCAAUAGAGUUCGUGACAAAUCACUCCCAAUUACUCUCCAAUUAUACAAAGAUGAAGAAAAUAGAUGAUCCGGAUAUAUGGAUGAAUUUAACCCAAUCAAUACUACAAUCUCAAAAUCUACCUUGUCCAGUUUGUCAUCCAGAAAAUCAUUGUUAAAUUAUUAAAUAAUUGUGACUUGAAUUCAGCAUAUCUGCAGAUAGAGCUUGAACAGUUGAUCAUUACUUAUUCUUUAUAUUUCAUUAUUCAAUAUAUAUAGUUUUUUUGCAUAACAAAGCAUUUGAUAACAAUAUUUUUGUAAAUGUAGCACUGUAAGCAUAACACCUCAUUCAGAACGCAAUCUGUAAAGUUUUUAAGUUGUAAUGUAAAUAAAGUUCAUACAUUUUCUUUGUGUUUCACCUAUAAUUUAUGGUAAAAAGUACU